CGAAGUUGCACGGGAAAGUUGUCCGUAGUAAAUGUGCCACGUCUACUGGGAGGGAGAGUUAUGAACUUGCCAGAGGCUGUUGUCCUAAGCUUUCAACUACAUUCUUAACUCUAUGAGGUCGGGGGCCCUUUCUCUGUUUUUCUAGGAACUUCUUUCCUGCUCUGGCAACAUGAGGCUUUUCUUGUGGAACGCGGUCCUGACGCUGUUAGUCACUUCUUCGAGCGGGGCUCUGAUCCCUGAACCAGAAGUGAAGAUUGAAGUGCUCCAGAAGCCAUUCAUCUGCCAUCGCAAGACCAAAGGGGGGGAUUUGAUGCUGGUCCACUAUGAAGGCUACUUAGAAAAGGACGGCUCCUUAUUUCACUCCACUCACAAACAUAACAAUGGGCAGCCUAUUUGGUUUACCCUGGGCAUCUUGGAGGCUCUCAAAGGUUGGGACCAGGGUUUGAAGGGAAUGUGUGUAGGAGAGAAGAGAAAGCUCAUCAUUCCUCCUGCCUUGGGCUAUGGAAAAGAAGGAAAAGGUAAAAUUCCCCCGGAGAGUACACUGAUAUUUAACAUCGAUCUCCUGGAGAUUCGAAAUGGACCAAGAUCCCAUGAAUCAUUCCAAGAAAUGGAUCUUAAUGAUGACUGGAAACUCUCUAAAGAUGAGGUUAAAGUGUAUUUAAAGAAGGAAUUUGAAAAGCAUGGUGCUGUGGUGAAUGAAAGUCAUCAUGAUGUUUUGGUGGAGGAUAUUUUUGAUAAAGAAGAUGAAGAUAAAGAUGGAUUUAUAUCUGCCAGAGAAUUUACAUAUAAACAUGAUGAGUUAUAGAGACACAACUGCCCAUUUUAUGUAGCAUCCAUCCUUAAAAGAGAGGGUAACCAUCCUGAAAGAAAGUCUUAUUUGUUCAUAACAUUCUGUUCAUUGUUUUUUAUUUUUAAUAUUUUUUUCUGAAUAUUAUAUGAAGAACUCCUUAGCGUUUCUAAGGACCCAUUUCUUUCUGGUGAGUUAUUGGGAAUUAAAAAACUGAUUUGUCUUGGAACAGAAGACUUCUGGACCAUUUUCACUUUCACAUAUGAAGCCUCAUGUUUUACUUGCUGGCUUCUAAUUUUAAAAUAGUGUGGCCCUAAAAAGACAAAAGGCAAAAAAUAAAAUAAAAUAAAAUAUUGCAACUGGGAACAUGCCCAACCUAGGACCAAGUUAUAGCACAAAUCAGCACCCUUUAUUUCUUCUUCCCUCUGUUUUCUCCAAGUUAGAUGCUAAUAUUUCACAAUUGCCCAAGGCUUAUUAUUUUCAUAUUAUAAUGAAACUAUGUCUGUAACUGCCUUUGAGUCUCUGCUUGAGAAAAGAGGAGAAUGGCUAUUGAACUCUAUUUGUUAAGAGUUACUGCUUUACUGAGAUGUGCAAUGCUGGAGUAAGAGAGUCAAUAAUUUAUAAAUAUGUAUACAUUGAAAUAUUCUGCCUAGGAUUUAAGCUACAUAGGUUGGGUUCCUAGUGAUGAAUGGCCUGUCAUGAUUAAUGGAACAAAUUAUUUAUGUGUUUAUUUCUUCAUAAUACAUGUGUCAAAGUAUUGUAGAGGAGGUAGAGAGUUGUAUUGAGUCGUUGUUUACUUUUUAAGGCUAGGGGAUUACCCUUCCUGGUUCUUAAUUAAUAAAGUCUGUAACUAAUA